UUCUCUUCCAGUUGAGGCGCAGUCGCAGUUCCUGUCGAACGAGGCGGACGUCAUGACGUAGGACGCAAACUGCGUAAUACGUAACGCACGUUUGGGUCCAGAGGCGCCGUUGGAACUUCGAAGAGUCUGCUAAGUUGUCACUACUGGCAGUCAAGUCAAAGUGACCCAGCAUGUAUCGUCCCAAACCGACUCUGAAGGACCGACAGCACCUGUACAAGCUCAUCAUAAGCCAGCUGCUCUACGAUGGAUACACCAGCAUCGCCAACAGUCUCAUUAAUGAGGUCAAGCCCCAGAGCGUGGUGUCGCCCUCUGAGCAGCUGAUGCAGCUGGCAAAGAUAGGGAUGGAGAACGACGAUAGUGCCGUUCAGUACGCUAUUGGACGCUCUGACACGGUGGCGCCUGGUGUUGGCAUCGACCUGGAGUUUGACGCCGAUGUCCAGACAAUGUCUCCGGAAGCAUCAGAGUACGAGACCUGCUAUGUCACGUCUCAUAAAGGUCCAUGCCGUGUUGCCACAUACAGUCGAGACGGGCAGCUGAUCGCCACUGGCUCUGCUGACGCCUCCAUUAAGAUCCUGGAUACUGAGCGGAUGCUGGCAAAAAGUGCAAUGCCCAUUGAGGUGAUGAUGAAUGAGACAGCGCAGCAAAACAUGGAGAACCACCCUGUGAUCCGGACACUGUACGACCACGUUGAUGAAGUCACCUGCCUCGCCUUCCAUCCCACCGAACAGAUUUUAGCAUCUGGCUCAAGAGAUUACACCCUCAAACUAUUUGACUACUCAAAGCCCUCUGCAAAACGAGCAUUUAAAUAUAUACAGGAAGCAGAAAUGCUGCGUUCGAUCUCCUUCCACCCGUCAGGUGACUUCCUGCUGGUGGGAACGCAGCACCCCACACUGCGCCUCUAUGACGUCAACACCUUCCAGUGCUUCGUGUCGUGCAACCCGCUGGACCAGCACACAGACACCAUCAGUGGCGUCAGCUAUAACCCCACAGCCAACAGCUACGUCACCUGCAGCAAGGACGGCAGCAUCAAACUGUGGGACGGCGUCUCCAACCGCUGCGUGACCACCUUUGAUAAGGCCCACGACGGAGCCGAGGUCUGUUCGGCCAUCUUCUCCAAGAACUCCAAAUACAUCCUGUCCAGUGGGAAAGACUCCGUGGUCAAACUGUGGGAGAUCUCUACAGGCCGAACACUGGUCAAGUACACAGGUGCAGGGCUGAGCGGCCGACAGAUGCACCGUACGCAGGGCGUGUUCAACCACACCGAGGACUACGUGCUGCUGCCCGACGAACGCACCAUCAGCCUGUGCUGCUGGGACUCUCGCACGGCCGAGAGGAAAAACCUGCUGUCCCUCGGUCACAACAACAUCGUCCGCUGCAUCGUCCACUCGCCCACCAACCCCGGCUUCAUGACCUGCAGCGACGACUUUAGGGCCCGUUUCUGGUACCGCCGCACCACCACGGACUGAAUUUCCAGCCAACAGGGAUGCUGUCUGACUCUUCUGAAGCCUUCCGUGACCUCAGCGAACUCGUCACUGUCGUCUGAUGUGUGACUUUUUCUUUUCUUUUCAUUUGUAUUUUGUUUAAACCUGCAGUGGAAUUUGUGUGACGGUUCUGAUGAACAUGAAGAGCUGUCAUUGCAAAACCAAAAGAGUAAGAAGUGAUGGGGGCAGUUUGUCAAGACGCGUCCUCAGUGUGAAUGAUACUCUGAAGUUCUGUCUCGUUUGUAGUCCGACCUGCAAACCUUCCUCUGAUCUCACAUCUCAGCUGUGAUUGACUGUCGGGUCGGUUUGUUGUCUUUUCCACUUUUAUAUUUUGUCUAUACACGUUGUUGUAAUUCAGAUUUUUAUUAAAAACAAAUAAAAGGAAGAAGCCUC